CAAGAACGCCAAGAAGCGCGCUCGCGAUGCUGAUGCCGGCCCGUCCUCCGAACCGUUCCCCAAACAGCCCACCGGGGCGGCGCAGAAGCCUCUGCCAAAGUCGGCGACCAUCCUCCAGCGUGUCGUCCACGCGCUGCGCGCUCGCGGCGAGGCCUCCUCCGCUCCGGCGAUCGUCAAGGCGGUUGCGGAGGGCGGCUACACGGACGGCGCCAAGGUGCGCAAGGCGAUCAAGGCGGGCGUCACGGCGGGGGCGCUGCAGACGAGUGCCGAGUCGGCCGCAAAGUUCUGGGUCGGCGGCGAGCCAAUCCCAGAGGCGGCGGCCGGUCCGGCGGUGGCCACCGAGGAGCUCUCGCCGGGAGACGCUGGCGGGUCGCCCGUGGCGAAGGGAGACGCGGUCGCGAUCGACUACACGCUGUCGCUCCUCGCGACGGGCGAGAAGGUCGAGGCGGGCAAGAAGUUUUGCUUCACGGUCGGCGGCGGCGACGUGAUCAAGGGAAUGGACGCCGGAGUGGUCGGGAUGCGGCUCGGCGGGCAGAGGCGCGUGCAGGUGCCGUGGCAGCUCGGGUACGGCAAGCGCGGCAGCGGGCCCGGGGUGCCGCCGUGCUCGGACCUCGUCUUCCGCAUCAAGCUCGUGCGGCACGAGGUCGGGUGAGCCCGAGGGGCGCGAUGUGGCGGGCGCGAUGGUGCCGCGUACCGUAUCUCCAAUAACGCCGAGAGGUUCUCGGAGUUCUCUCUAUCAUGUCAGCAGUCCGGCCGUGACGGGCCGACGGGCGACGGCGACGUGCAAUAUUAUCAUUUUCUCGACUCUUUCGCUCGCAAUUGCAUAA